AUGUAGAAUUAUAGAGCUGCGGUAGUUGCUAAGCAUAGUGUAAUAUAUGUAAUGAUUAAUAAACAUGCGAAAUAUGCAAGGAUUCAUUCUUUUAUGAUGAUUAAACAGGCUCUUGUUUGUCUUAAUGCUAAUAUGGUGGUUCAUAAUAAGAAUUUUUCUAGGUUUGCAUAGAAUGUUAAAUAGAGAACUGUAAUAUUUGUGAGUUUGAAGGGACAUAAUGUAAAUAGUGCCUUGAAGGAUGGAAAUUGGCUGAAGAUAAACUAAGCUGUUAGAAAUAAGAAUGUUUAUAUAAUGAUUAUUUGUAUUAUGAUCAAGCCUCUAAUUAAUGCACUACAAAUUGCCCCGAAUAUGCUAAUGAUUAAGAUAGGUCUUGUGCUAAUUUAAGAAAAUUUAGCCAGAUGA